ACAUUGAUUUAUACCUGUACAAUGGCCUGUUGAACUAUUCUUUGUGUUGAAUAAUGGAUUUCAUGAAUUGGGUUUGGAUUAUAUUUGCAUAGUUGAGUCUGGAGGGAUUUUUUUCUUGGCUAUUCAUCAAUGUUCAUGCAAGAAUAAUAAUAAAAGAAGCAAUCUUUAGGCACUUUAGGUUGAUUAAGUAUUAAUUCAUUGAUCAAGAUUGAAUAUUUGAUAUAUAGGAGGCUGUUCUUGAAUUUUUCUUGAAUUGGGUUGGACAGUAUAAGAAAUUUGGAUCAAUAGAACAAUUCUUGUUGAUAAAAGAGUUUCUUUAUAAGAGAUUUCCAUGGAUACGAGCGAGCAGGAACCCAUGGACACGGAAACUGUGAUAAGCCUUGUUGGCAAAGAAAAAAUUAAAAGGUUGCUUACACGUAGAAAUCGGAUGAAUUCUCCACAGACUGGUGUAAGCCCCAAAGUAGAAAUCGAUGUGAAGAACAUAAAGGAUAUGCCUUUGAAGCCCACCCAGAAAAGUGCUAACAACAUCGAGUGCUCGGGUAGUCCUAGAAGCUGUAAGAUGCCAGCUAGAUGGAAUCCUUUAGAGGCAUGCAGGCCAGUUAUCGAUGAAGCUCCUGUAUUUCAUCCUUCUACUGAGGAGUUUCAAGAUACCCUUGGUUACAUUGCAAAGAUACGCCCAAUUGCUGAAGCAUAUGGUAUAUGUAGGAUAGUGCCUCCUCCUUCAUGGAAUCCUCCCUGUCCUCUUAAAGACAAGAGUGUAUGGGAAAAUGCUAAAUUUUCGACGCGAAUUCAACAAGUUGACCUGCUUCAAAACAGGGAACCCAUGAGGAAAAAAAGAAGCCGAAAGCGUAAAAGGCGAAGUCUUUUUGGAAUGGGCAAUAAAAGAAAACGUCCUAAUUCCGAAGCUUCUGAAUCAAAUAUGGCUUCAGAUCCAGAAGAAAAAUUUGGUUUUCAGUCUGGAUCAGAUUUCACUUUUGAGGACUUCGAGAAAUAUUCCGCCAACUUCAAGGAGUGUUAUUUUAAGUUGAAGGAUGAAGAUAUUAUUGAUGAGAAUGUUACUGGGACAAAGAAGAAAUGGGAACCCUCAAUUGAAGAUAUUGAGGGUGAAUACUGGCGAAUCAUUGAGCAGCCAACUGAUGAGGUCGAGGUAUAUUAUGGAGCUGAUCUGGAAACUGGAACAUUUGGGAGUGGAUUUCCGAAGAUAUCACCUUCAGCGACUGAACUAGAAUCAGAUCAAUAUUUGUCCUCAGGCUGGAAUCUAAAUAACUUUGCCCGUCUACCUGGUUCAAUACUUUGCCUUGAAAGCUGUGAUAUAUCUGGAGUUUUAGUGCCAUGGUUAUAUGUUGGCAUGUGCUUCUCAUCAUUCUGCUGGCAUGUGGAGGACCAUCAUCUCUACUCACUAAACUAUCUACAUUGGGGUGAUCCUAAAAUUUGGUAUGGUAUACCUGGAACCCAUGCUUCUGCUUUAGAGGCUGCGAUGAGAAAGCAUCUUCCAGAUUUAUUUGAUGAACAACCAGGCUUACUUCAUGAAUUGGUUACUCAGCUGUCUCCUUCCGUCCUAAAGUCUGAGGGUGUUCCAGUUUAUCGAGUAGUUCAGCAUUCUGGGGAGUUUGUUCUUACCUUCCCGAGAGCAUACCACGCGGGAUUCAAUUGUGGCUUCAAUUGUGCAGAGGCUGUCAAUGUUGCUCCAAUUGAUUGGCUAGAGCAUGGGCAAUGUGCAGUGGAACUCUACAGUGAGCAACACCGCAAGACAUCACUGUCUCAUGACAAAUUGCUAUUAGAGUCAGCAAGGGAAGCCGUACGAGCACUUUGGGAGCUAUCAGUUUUGAACAUUGAGAGUCCCAAAAAUCUGGUAUGGAAAAGUGUAUCUGGUCAGGAAGGAAUACUUACCAAGGCAGUUAAGAAGAGAGUUGAUCUAGAGAAGAAUAGAAUUGAGCAUCUUCCAACCCAUUUAAAGCUUCAAAAGAUGGAAAAGGAUAUUGAUUUGACAAAUGAGAGAGAAUGCUUUUCGUGCUUCUAUGAUUUACACUUGUCCUUUGCUUGCUGCAAGUGCUCCUCAGACCGUUUUGCAUGUCUUAAACAUGCAAAUGUUGUGUGCUCUUGUGGAGGGGAUAACAGAAUUAUUCUUCUCCGCUACACCUUGGUGGAAUUAAACACUCUAGUUGAAGCACUAGAAGGGAGUUUGGUUGCUCUAGAAGCUUGGGCAUCAGCAGAUCUAGAAUUGAUUACAAUAAAUGGUAAAAACAAUAUUACUGCUAAACUGGAUCCAGAGGAGACUUCUAAAAGCAGCAGUUCGGAGCCUAACCAUGACCCCCCUUGUUCCCUAAAAACAGAAGAAAUCAUGUCUACUGAUAAGCCUUCUAGUCAUAUGCCUAUGAAUGUCUGUACAGAAGAUGUUCAGGUAGUGCAGGAAGACACCGCCGAAAAACAUGCACCUCAGAACAUGGCAGAUGAACAGAAUGUAGAUCUCUGCAAGGCUGAUAAUAAUAUGUUGGAGCACAUAUAUUCUAUUGAUCUGAAUCACUAUAGCAUGUCUGAUGAGCAUGACAGUAUGUUGAAGCAACUAUCUGAUAGAUGUGAUAACAAUAUCACUGUAAAGGUUGAUGAGAUCUACGGUGACAUCUGUAUGGUAAAGGCCGCUUUCAAGUCAGAUUCGCAAAGAGAAGUGGAGAUUGCACAGCAUUGCAGUGACUCUGGUUCUUCUGUUUCCCAUGUUAAUUCCGGAAAACAUUAUAAUCAUAGUCCUAAGCUGUUUGGAUUUGAUCUUACAAUUAACAAUCCAGAAUUGGGUGCUUCAUUGCACAGCUCAAAGAAAUCUGAAGACCUUGACAACUUGGAUUCUAAUGCAUGUCAAUCUGGCCAGAGUUAUUCCUCGCAAAACUUCUCCUAUGCCGUUGAUUCUGUAAAUAUAGGAUCUGCAGUUUUCAAAAAAUUUUGGAGCAAUGACCAGAUGAUAUUCCCAAAAGGAUUCAGAAGCCAUGUCAAGUUCUUUAAUGUCCUCAAUCCAACAGAGAUGAGUAGCUACAUUUCAGAAGUUCUGGAUGCUGGAUUUCUUGGGCCUUUAUUCCAGGUUACACUAGAGGAGUCUCCAGAUCAGAGCUUUACAGAUGUCUCAGCCCAGAGGUGCUGGGAACUUGUACUGCAUAGGCUAAAUCAAGAAACAACUAGGCUUCAGGCCCUAGGGAAAGCUUUUUCCCUGCGAUUUCCACAAAACAUUGAUGGGCUGAAAAUGUUUGGGUUUUACUCUCCAUCCAUCAUUAAGGCUAUCGAGAAUCUUGAUCCAGACCAUAACUGCAUGGAGUACUGGAACAACAAGCUUUCAGUAAAGGAGAAUUAUAUCGAGAAUAUCCAUAAACAAUCAGAGAUGUCAGCUCGUCCUAAAGUUGCUGAAAAGUACCCUUGUGGAUCAAAUUCCUCCGAAGGGGAAACCACGCCAGGAACUUCUGGAAAUACCACAACCAAGGAACAGGACCUCCCGAUUUUACCCAAUAAUAACGGUUCACUUGACGAGGAAUCUACCAAAAUAUUAAGGAGUUUGCUGAAAAAAGCAAAUCCGGAAGAGUUACAAAUACUUCACAGAAUAAUGAGCAGCGAGCAUGAAGGCCCCCAACGGAAAUUGGCACUCACUACAUUGUCUGAAGAAAUCUGGAGAACAUGUAAAUAACAAAAUUUUGAGGUCCAGUCAUUCUUUGCAGAGCUAGAAUUUUAUUCUUUUUCAUUACUAAAGCUAUUACAGUAGGCCUAUUCUUUCAGCGUUCAGUAUCAAUAGGUGAGAUAUCCUAAGCUUGUUUAAGCUGUCAAAAUGAUGCUCGUGAUGUAGAUUAGUCUUUGAUUUUACAGUUUUUUGAUAAAAAUCAGUGUAGACCUUUCUCACAAUUUUAUUCAAGUUUAUUAGACCGAUACAUCAUACAUGCCUAUACAUUAUUUAUUCAUUCAUUUAUUUAUUUA